AUAUAGCAGAUAUUUAUCACAAGCUUCUGUUACUUCUUUCAAGUUGAUUCGUUGAAGUAAUCUUUAAGUUUUUAUGUAUGUGUGUGUGCGUAUUGUUUCAUAAUUUUUUUUAUUUUUUUUUCUCUUAAAACGAAAUUCAUAAAAAUGUCUAAAAGAUCUAAUAAAGUGAAAUAUGCACUGAAGAUAGAAAUUUAAAAUCAAAUCCUGUACUUUGUGGCUGUUGCCGUUGUUUGAUGUUUAUUCCAUCAAUUUGAUGUGUGUGUGUGUGUGUGUAUCAUUUUGAACUGGGAACUGGGAACCAUAGACCCCCAUUUCAUAAGCCGGAUGAUUCUUAAUUUUUUUUUUCGUUUUACUACGUCGUCGUCGUAGUCGUCAUCGUCUUUGUGAUCGUUAUCAAAAUUGAAAGAAUUUUCUUCAUUCAUUCAUUCAUUCACUCACUCACAACACAUGAAGCCGUAUAUCAUACAAAAAAAAAGUGCACUCUAUUGAUCUCUAUAUGGUUCGGUGUGAAAAAAACAAGAUUAAAAGAAUUUUAUGAACUUUUAUAUAUGCAUAAUAAAACAUUCAGAAAAACAAAAUCAGUGAUAAUCAUCAAAAUUCGAUUCAAUUUUUAUUUUGGCAACACGAUUUUUUUAUUGUCAUUAUUUUUCUGGUUCUAGUUCAAGUGCCAUUCGAAUUUCACAUCACUCAAUCAAACUUACCUUCACUUUCUCUCAUUUAUUUUUUUUUUUUUUGAUAUUCACAAGCAAACGUGUGAUUGUUGUCAUGAUCAUAUCACAUGAUCAUUUUAGGUGCUAAAAAAAACUGUCUCCAAUUUCGCAUUUUUUUUUCUUGGUUUUCAAAAGUGAUUAAAUCACCGAUAAUUUUUGUGCUUGUUUGUGCAUGAUAAUCGACUAGUCAUCAUUUAUAGAAUAACAUUUUUUUUCAAAUUUAAAUAUUUCUUAAAAACACAUUGAACAUAAUGGUUCAACAAUAUAAAGCACCCGUACGGGUUUUCAAAUAUCCAUUCGAAUUAGUCAUGGCGGCAUAUGAAAAACGAUUUCCAACAUGUCAUCUUAUACCAGUAUUUGUUGGUAGUGAUAAAAUCUAUGAUAAUAUUAGCGACGAUGGUUCUAUUCAUGUGAUUGAACGUCGUUGUCGUAUUAGCGUUGAUGCACCAUAUCUUCUUCGUAAGAUUACUGGAGUGGAUCAUGUUCUAUUCAUACAAAGAAAUACACUGAAUCGACGAAAACGUAUGCUGAAAAUAGAAGCAAAAAAUGAAAGCUUCAGCAAUCAUAUUAAUAUUCAUGAAUUAUGUUAUUAUCGGGUUUCACCCGAAAAUGAAGAUUGGACCAUAUUCGAACAACAAGCCAGUCUGGAAAUCAAAUCAUUUUGGGGUUUCGAACAUGUUGUUGAACGAUUAGCUGUUAAACAUUAUUCACAAAAUAUUAAAAAAGGUCAAGAAAUUAUUGAAUAUCAUAUCAAUGAAUUGGCUCAAGAAGGUAUUACCAGCAUGCCUCGUUAUGAAUCAAGCUCAAAUCCAAAUGAAAAUUCCGAUGAUAAUGAUAAUGAUGAGGAUUCCGAUAAAUUUAGUGAUUCCUUAUUCAAUAAUGGUGGCAGCAAUCAUAUUGAACACCAACAUCAACAACAAUCUGCUAAUAAUAAAAAUCAUAACGGUAUGAUUAUUUCACAUAGUCAAGAUUCAGUUCGAAGUCCAAUAUCGUCAAAUAUCGACGAUACAAUCACGUCCAAUAAUCAUAAACGUUCCACGAAAAAUUCCAAAUUUGAUUGUAUUCGUUCCAAUUCGGUGGAAGAAAAAAUCCAAGCCACUAAACAGAAAAUAUUGAACAAAUGUGAAAGUCUUAAGAAAAAAAGUUCAUUCGAAAAUAAUAAUGGCACAGCAGUGGCGGCGGUAGUCAAGACUAGUAAUAAUAACAGUAACAAUAAUGCCGUAUCACUAAGUUGAUGAUAUCAUCAAUAUAUCGAUUUUCGUUGAGAUUCCUUGAAGACAAACAAAACAAAACAAAAAAAUUUCUUUUGUGCUCCUUACACACAACCAUGUCGAAAUAGAAUCGAAUUUAUUUGAAAUUCGAAUCGAUUUUUCUUCUAUGUAUCUUGUCUGUGUUAUCAACUAAUUAUUAUUAUUAUUAUUAUUAUCCAAAAGCAGAAAAGUCAAAGAAAUUAUCAUCAUCGAAUUCAC